ACCGUGCGCUCCUCUGCCCUCUCAGCGCCACCAGCCUCGCCGAUGUCUCAGUUGGCCCCCAGUUCGGACUUCAAGAGCGCUCUGGACAGCAGUCCUGAGGCCAAUACCGAGGAUGAAAAGACCGAGGAGGACCUGCUUAGGCCCAAGAACUACCUGUGGCUCACCAUCAUCUCGUGUUUUUGCCCUGCGUACCCUAUCAACAUCGUGGCUUUAGUCUUCUCCGUCAUGUCUCUACACAGCUACAAUGAAGGAGAUUUCGAAGGAGCCAGGCGGCUGGGGCGGAAUGCCAAGUGGGUGGCCAUCGCAUCCAUAAUCAUUGGCCUUCUCAUCAUCAGCAUCACUUGUGCAGUUCACUUCACAAAGCGGAUGUGAGGAGCCAGCUGUCCACCGUGAGCGUGGAGAACAGACCUCACCCGCACAUACCCUAGGAAUUUGAGGAACACACCCUUGACUUCAGACGGUAAGGUCUCUUCCUCCAGGACUCUCCAGAGGCAGGUCCCUGGCAACUGAAUUCCAAGUCCAAAUUUUACGAAAACCAAGGAGCACAGCCACGUCAGCCAAAGUCACUGAUUUGUAAAGAAGAAACUAUCCGGUCUCAGAACCUCAGUUUGGUGAAGACCACGGUGUCCACGCCUCUUCCCCAGAGCAGCGCCUCAGGGAGCCGGGGCUUUUACACCAGGGGCGGACUUCGUGGGGGGAGAGGGAGGUUCCUGGGACGAGCUGUGGGCAUGGGUGUUGACGGAAGAUGUUGAGCACAAACAAUCGUUGCAUGUUUAAAGUUGUCUACAGUAGCUGGAUUUGUGGAUUUUUUUUUUUUUUUUUCUUUUCAUAUGCUGUAACUUCACUCCAGUCUUCAGUAACUCCUUCUCCUGUCAACCCCUCAGAGUUCACCCAUGGGUCAUCCAGUGAACCCAUGGCCUUUGUCUUGAUCCUCACUUUUUCUAACAGCACCUUGCUCUUAUCCUCCAUUGGUCAACUUGACCGCAACCUUAGGCUUCACUGAAACAAACUCUGAGAAUAUAGUUAGUCAAUUCUAGGCACAUGUGUGCCUUCGUCAUCCCAUUUUGGAGAAUAAACUGGCUGUUUAUGGAAUGUGCUUUUUUUCAACCUUUUUUUUUUUGGAAAUUUCAAGAAAGAUCUUUGGUUCUCCUGUAUGCCACCUGGAAGUGCCACCCAUUGCAAUACUUUUCUGUCAAAUGUAAACCCUUCCAGAGUGAAUAUACUAGUUUAAUAGCGCCAUUAUUCUGCCUACCAGAACACACCAACCUUGUGUUUUCCAAAGCGUGAGAUGCUUUGCGUACCACAGGUGGUACACAAGAUAAUUUUAAGUAGUUCACACACACAACAUUAAGUAACACCGAAUCAUAAAGACAGUUUUUCCGUUUUCUAUUCUUUUUUCAAUCCUGAUUACACCCAGGAGAAAGUCUCUGUUUAGUACUAGCAGGUCUCUAACACCUUUCUGACAUUACGGCUCUUUUCCUUUUUUAACAAAGAAAGAGCAGGCCUCAGGUUCAGAGCCUUCUGCCUAAAUAAAAUUUAAUACCAUUGUCUUGUUUUCAUUGUUUUUAUUUUUAUUUAUGACCUUCCAUUUAUGGCUUUCUACUAAGGGAUGUGUUGCUUUUCAAAUAAUUUAAGAAAAACACCAAGUGAUUAACAUAACAGGCAAUGCGUAUACGCAGCAAAAAUCAAAGAACUAAUGUUAGAAACACCACAAUAACUGCACCAACUUUUUUUUUUAAGCAAAAGAGAAAGUAGCUUAUUCUAGUUAAAUGAAUAAGAAGCUGAGUGGAACAAAAUACCUGUUGUCCAGUCCCUUUUUUCCAACUAACUAGCUAUGCAAGUUGAUUUGAGGCAAGUUUCUUAGUUUCUUUCUGUGCCUCAAAUUUCUUCCUCUGGAAAACAAAGAAUGCCUGUCUACUUACCUCACAGUGUUGUUGUAAGAAUUCAUUGCCUUAAUAGAUGUAAAUGCCCCUGAGGGGAAAUUCUAAGGUUUUAUGCAAAAUCAAAGCAUUGUUGUGAGUUUUAUUAUAAAUCCCAGACAUUUGUUAAAAUACUGAACCCUAACAAAAAAUAAAAACUGACGGACACCACAUUCUACCAGUCAUUUCACCAAGAUGUCUGUCCUGAGCCAGCACUUGUCCCUGGAGGACAUCUAAAUCAGGGACAUAUAUUCUCAGCACACAGAAGUUCUACAGUCAGCCCACCAUGUUGGAUCCUGAUUUCUGUUUCUCACAUUGUGGUUUUUGUUUGUGUGUGGGGGAGCCCCUGGUCUUCUAUCCAAAUCAAAUGAAUGUGUUAAUGAGAGGCAGAAUAAAAAUGGUUUUA